AUGUCUGCUACACAACAACCACAUCAACAACAGCAAAACGUUUUCCAACCUUCUUCAUAUGUUGGGUUUGAUACAAUUACAACUCAAAUUGAACAUCGUUUAUUGAAAAGAGGUUUCCAAUUUAAUAUUCUGGUUGCUGGUUAUUCAGGUUUAGGUAAAUCAACACUGAUCAACACUUUAUUUUCAUCACAUCUUGUUGAUUCAUUAGGUCGUAAAUCAAGUACUGAACCAAUUACUAAAACUUCAGAAAUUUCAGUAACAAAUCAUCAAUUAAUUGAAAAUAAUGUUCGUUUAAAUAUCAAUGUUGUUGAUACUCCAGGUUUUGGUGAUCAAAUUAAUAAUGAUAAAUGUUGGGAACCAAUAGUUAGAUAUAUUAAAGAACAAUAUUCUUUAUAUCUUAGAAAAGAAUUAACUGCACAACGUGAAAGAUUUAUUAAUGAUACAAGAGUUCAUGCAAUUCUAUAUUUUAUUCAACCAAAUAAUGUCGGUUUAAAAGCUGUUGAUAUUUUAGCUUUAAAAAAAUUAAGUGAAAUUUCAAAUGUUAUUCCAAUUAUUGCAAAAGCUGAUACAUUAACUUUAGAUGAACGUGAAAAUUUUAGAAAAAUUUUACAAAAUGAAUUUCAAUAUCAUAAUUUAAAUCUAUAUCCAUAUGAUUCAGAUGAUUUAUUAGAUGAAGAAAAAGAAUUAAAUAAUAGUAUUAAAUCAAUUAUUCCAUUUGCAGUUAUUGGAUCAGAAAAUGAAAUUACAAUUAAUGGUGAAGUUUUCAAAGGUAGAAGAACAAGAUGGGGUACAAUAAAUGUUGAAGAUAUUAAUCAAUCUGAAUUUGUUUAUUUAAGAGAUUUUUUAACAAGAACUCAUUUACAAGAUUUAAUAGAAACUACUUCAUCAAUACAUUAUGAAAACUUUAGAUCAAAACAAUUAACUACAUUAAAAGAAAAUGCAUCAUCAAGUGCUCGUGCAAGUGCACAUUUAUCUCAAGUACCAAAUGGAGCACAAAAUAUUUCUACUGGAACAGGUGGUAAUGGUCAACAAGUUCAACAAGGUGGUAAUACUAAUAUCUAUAAACGUGCAUAA